AUGGAUUAUAGAGGACAGAUUCGCGCGGGGCACUUGAUGCGUCUGAUCAUUAUUUUGUUUGCACUGUUCGGUCUUCUAACAGCCUGGGCCUUCAAGAACAUGGGCAUUGGUCUUCUUGUUCACGCCUUUGGCCUGUGUCUGGCAGCACUGGCGACAGUUCCAGACUGGCCUUAUUAUAACCAAAUGGAGAUUGCCUGGCAGCCUGUUAGAGGCAGAACAGAGCGACUAACCGUGUUCCAGAGACUUCUCUCCAUCUUCCAGUGA